GACUGUCAUCCUUGUACACCAGUGUUCUCCUCCACGGCCACUCCAGGGAAGUGCAUCACCUACCAGCAUACUGGAGCAAAAUGAAAGAGUUUAUUUUGAGGCCUCUGAAGUGGUACUGCCAGAGACCAUGAGCAAGAGAGAAGAGUGGACUUCAGCCUGCACAACUGGUCUUGAAACUCAAGCGGUUCAGGGUCUAGCAUUGAGUUUCUCUACUGCCACCCUUCCUACUCAAGCAAAAUCUGGGUGAAAAGAUCUGCUGGGAAAGAGCUCACUGCUUAUGUUUCUCCAUUGUGAUGAAAGCACUUGGUACAGUUUUCCAAAGAAAUUAGUCUGUUUUCUUGGUGAAGAGAAACCAAUCUGCUGUUUUCAUAGGAUUGCUCUCCCUGCUCUGUGAAAGGAAGAAAAAGCGCGCCCGAGCUCAGGAGCACCUCAGUGUCCUGUGGAAGUCUCCAUGGUGAAGGCUAGGUGGGGCCACCUGUGAACAGCGCACAGUGAAUGCUAUUCCAGAGCUGCUGCUGGCCGAUCGCACCCACGGGGAGAUGAUUCCUCAUGAAGGGCCUGGAUCCCCUACAGAAAUCAAAUGUGACUUUCCAUUUAUCAGACUAAAAUCAGAGCCCGCCAGACAGUGAAACAGUCACCGUGGAGGGGGGACGGCGAAAAAUGAAAUCCAAUCAAGAGCGGAGCAACGAAUGCCUGCCUCCCAAGAAGCGCGAGAUCCCCGCCACCAGCCGGCCCUCCGAGGAGAAGGCCACGGUCCUGCCCAGCGACAACCACCGGGCAGAGGGCGUGGCAUGGCUCCCGGGCAAUCCCGGCGGCCGCAGCCACGGGGGCGGCCGGCACGGCCCGGCGGGGACUUCGGUGGAGCUCGGUUUACAACAGGGAAUAGGUUUACACAAAGCGCUGCCCACGGGCCUGGACUACUCCCCACCCAGCGCGCCCAGGUCUGUCCCGGCGACCACGCUGCCCACGGCCUACCCGCCCCCGCCGUCAGGGACGCCGGUAUCCCCGGUGCAGUACGCUCACCUGCCACACACCUUCCAGUUCAUCGGGUCCUCCCAGUACAGCGGGCCCUACGCCGGGUUCAUCCCCUCACAGCUGAUCUCCCCCACAGCCAGCCCGGUCACCAGCGCCGCGGGCGCUGCCACUCCAUCCCAGCGCUCCCAGCUGGAGGCCUAUUCCACUCUGCUGGCCAACAUGGGCAGUCUGAGCCAAGCCUCAGGACACAAGGCUGAGCAGCAGCAGCAGCAGCACCUCGGCAGGACGCCCGGGCUGGUCACCCCCGGGUCCCCACCACCCACCCAGCAGAACCAGUACGUCCACAUUUCCAGCUCUCCGCAGAACGCCGGGCGCGCGGCCUCUCCUCCGGCCAUCCCCGUCCACCUCCACCCCCACCAGACGAUGAUCCCACACACUCUCACCCUGGGGCCCUCCCCCCAGGUCGUCGUGCAAUACACCGACUCUGGCAGCCACUUCGUGACUCGGGAGGCCUCCAAGAAAGCCGAGAGCAGCCGGCUGCAGCAGGCCAUGCAAGCCAAGGAGAUCCUCAACGGGGAGAUGGAGAAGGGCCGCAGGUAUGGGGCCCCGACCUCGGCCGACCUGGGCCUGGUGAAGGCCGGCAGCAAGGCAGUGCCUCACCCCUACGAGUCCAGGCACGUGGUGGUCCACCCCAGCCCCGCGGACUACGGCGGCCGAGACUCCUCGGGUGUCCGGGCCUCGGUGAUGGUCCUGCCCAACAGCAGCACGCCCGCGGCCGACCUGGACGUCCAGCAGGUCUCACACCGGGAGGCCUCCCCCUCCACCCUCAACGACAAAAGCGGCCUGCAUCUCGGCAAGCCGGGGCACCGAUCCUACGCGCUGUCACCCCAACAGGCCCUGGGGCCCGAGGCCGUCAAGGCCGCGGUCGCCACGCUGUCUCCGCACACAGUCAUCCAGACCACGCACAGCGCUUCGGAGCCGCUCCCGGUGGGACUGCCCGCCACGGCCUUCUACGCCGGCACACAGCCGCCAGUCAUCGGCUACCUGAGUGGCCAGCAGCAGGCCAUCACCUACGCCGGCGGCCUGCCCCAGCACCUGGUGAUCCCCGGCACCCAGCCCCUGCUCAUCCCAGUGGGCAGCGCCGACAUGGAGGGGUCGGGAGCGGCCUCGGCCAUCGUCACGUCCUCGCCCCAGUUUGCUGCAGUGCCUCAUACCUUCGUCACCACCGCCCUCCCCAAGAGCGAGAACUUCAGCCCCGAGGCCCUGGCCACGCAGGCCGCCUACCCGGCCAUGGUGCAGGCACAGAUCCACCUGCCCGUGGUGCAGUCCGUGGCGUCCCCCACGGCAGCUCCCCCCACGCUGCCUCCCUACUUCAUGAAAGGCUCCAUCAUCCAGUUGGCCAACGGGGAGCUGAAGAAGGUGGAGGACUUGAAGACGGAAGACUUCAUCCAGAGCGCGGAGAUCAGCAACGACCUGAAGAUCGACUCCAGCACGGUGGAGAGGAUCGAGGACAGCCACAGCCCGGGCGUGGCCGUGAUACAGUUCGCGGUGGGGGAGCACCGAGCACAGGUCAGCGUUGAAGUUUUGGUAGAGUAUCCUUUUUUUGUGUUUGGACAGGGCUGGUCAUCCUGCUGUCCAGAGAGAACCAGCCAACUCUUUGAUUUGCCGUGUUCCAAACUCUCCGUUGGGGAUGUCUGCAUCUCGCUUACCCUCAAGAACCUGAAGAACGGCUCUGUUAAAAAGGGCCAGCCCGCGGAUCCCGCCAGCGUCCUGCUGAAGCACUCAAAGACCGACAGCCUCGCAGGCAGUAGACACAGAUAUGCAGAGCAGGAAAACGGAAUUAAUCAGGGAAGUGCCCAGAUGCUCUCUGAGAACGGAGAACUGAAGUUUCCAGAAAAAAUAGGAUUGCCUGCAGCGCCCUUGCUCACCAAAAUAGAACCCAGCAAGCCCGCAGCCACGAGGAAGAGGAGGUGGUCGGCGCCGGAGACCCGCAAACUGGAGAAGUCAGAAGACGAGCCACCUCUGACUCUUCCUAAGCCUUCUCUAAUUCCUCAGGAGGUUAAGAUUUGCAUUGAAGGCCGGUCUAACGUGGGCAAGUAGAGGCCGCGCUUGGGAAAAGGAAAUGUGGCUCUCCCUUAUCAUUUGUAUCAAGAUUACUGUACUGUAGGCUAAAUAACACAGUAUUUACAUGUUAUCCUCUUCCUUUAGAUUUCUGUUAUAACCUUGUCAUUAGCGUUGCAGCUGGUGUUGCGCAGGAGACUGGUGCAUAUGCUCUUCCCACGUGUCUGCCAGGGAGCUGGAGCGGGAGCGGGAGCGGGCGGGCCUAGCAGGCUUCCCGGGAGCUAUGGCUCGGCGCCCCGCGCGGGCCUUGCCGGCUGCACCGCAACAUCCCCGGGCUUGACUGCGCUGGUUUCCAGUGCUCGGAGAAGGGAACUGCAGGGCGAGCGUGCGUGCGUGCCUGCGUGCGUGCGUGCGUGCAGCCAGCGAGGGUCUCUUUCUCUCUGCCUCCCUGUCUCCCUCUCUUGUUCUCAGCACGGGGUGUCCCCUGGAGGUCCUCACGUGCAAAAUAAACAUCAGGAACCCCGCGUCUGGACAUCCUAGAGAGAGAGGCAUCAGACAGCGGGUGGAAAGCUAACCGUGUAAAACAUUUCCCCCCUUCAGCAUAUUUUACAAUAAAAGCAACUUUUAAUCCUAUAGAUAUAUAUUUCCCCCUAUGGGGCCUGACUGCACUGAUAUUUUUUUUAAAGAGCAACUGCCACACGUGGGAUUUCGUUUCUGCUUUUUGAGUGCAGUGAAGUCUCCAGGGUGUCGUGUGGGCGGGGCAGCCCCUGCAGGCAUCGCUCCCCAGGGGGGCGGGGGGUAGGGAGUGGGUGCCGGAGGGGAACCCCCACUCUGAUUUCUGUGCAGUGUUAGGAAAACCAAUCAGGUUAAUCGCAUUGACUUCGCUCCCAAGAGGUAAACUGCCCUUCAGUGAGAGCCGUGGAAGGUCUUCGCAUUGGGUUUGCAAAUCUUUCGUCUUUUAACUCUAGUACUGUUUAUAGUUCAUGACUAUGAACAACUCGGGUGCCACUUUUUUCAGAUUCCAGUGUGAUGAUGUGAGGAAUGAGAUUUUGAAGAUGAGCAUCUAUCUCUAAGCACUUACAAUGCUGUUCACACUUUAUUACCAAGCAUCUUGGUCUAUCAUUCAACAAGUACUGUAUCUCACUUUAAACUCUUUGGGAAGAAAAACAAACAAACAAACAAAAACUAAGUUGCUUUCUUUUUUUCAACACUGUAACUACAUUUCAGCUCUGCAGAGUUUCUCACGAGCAAGAUAUUGAAAGUUUCGAUGUGGUUUAAAGGGAUGAAUGUGAAUUAUGAACUAGUAUGUGACCAGGAAUGACGACCAACAACAGCCUGAAGGGGGCGCUUUUCACUUUGAUGUCUGAGAGAAUUAAAGGCAGAGCUCACAGAGAAACAGAGAAAAGGGAUGGAAAUACUCAUUUUUGUCCAGUGUUUUUCUUUUUAAGAUGAACUUUUAAAGAAUCUUGCGAUUUGCACAUCUUGAGUUUAUAAUUUGUGUGAUAUUCCUGCAGUUUUUAUCCAAUAACAUUGUGGGAAAGGUUUGGGGGACUGAACGAGCAUAAAUAAAUGUAGCAAAAUUACUUUCUAACCUGCCUAAACUCUAGGCCAUUUUAUAAGGUUAUGUUCCUUUCAAAAUUCAUUUUGGUCUUUCUACUACAUCUGUCACAAAGCCAGGUCUUAGCAGGACAACUCUGAGAAUUUUCUUCAGAUUCAUUGAGAGAGUUUUCCAAAAAGACAUUUAUAUAUGUGAGCAAGUU